AUGACAGAUAAUGAAGGUCAGGUGGAGGUCCAGCUCACCUCAAACUCAACAUCAGGAUCCGAGGUUUGUCUGGAGGUGAGGGAGAUCUGCUGUGGAGAGGAGAUCUGCUGUGGAGAGGAGCUCCCAAACGACCCCCAGACAGAGGUGGACGACCCACUGGUAAUACUGGCUAACGCUGCACUGGCGCCACCAUGUGGUGACUGUACGUCCCGCAGCUGUAACUUAAACGACUGCAGCUCCAUGGAGGUCAAAGGGAUGGAGAGCAGCGUCCAGUCAAAACAGUCGAUACUCCAGGUCCUCAUGAGAAAAGCCGAUGACCUGCAUAACUGCCUCGUGAAUGGACAGAGCCAUUUUGACAAAGAGUCUCUUACUGCUGCACUGCAAAGUUUCCUGUACACCUGUCAGCCUUAUUUUAUUCACCUGGAGUCCUCUGCUCGAAGCACUGUGCAUGUGUGCACACCUCUGUCCACUGACGCCUACGCAAGGCAUGUGCAGCUGUUGGACCUUUCUCAGCAGCUGUGUGACAAGUUGGAGAAUCUUGUGUUGACCUACACCAGCUAUGGCGUGCUGUGCUUGGAUGAGAGUGAGCUGAACAGUGUGUCUCACUUCUACAUCGGCCAGUUCUGCCUAGGCCAGAUCAGGGUGACCACGUUCCGUUAUUGUAAGCCAACGCCAUACCUGGCCCGGGUCAACACAGGACUGUACAAACGCAUGCGCUGGAAUGUACAGAGACUUGAGUACGAAAUGGAGCUGCAGACGGAUAAAGAGCAGUGUGGAGAGAGUGACAACAACACAGAGUAUUUCUUCCUGUGUUACGAAGAUGUUCUGGUCCGCCAUGCAGAAUCUGACAGAAACAUCCAAGGUGUUCCUCAAAGCAACAUGGUCAGAAUGUGGUCUAUUGGUAAGUGGGUCCAAGUGGACCCUAACCCUGACACAGAAGACAUAUAUGAAUGGAUCUUGUGUGAGGUUCCCAAGGCCAACUAUCAGACACUGCUCUUACUAGGGACUGAUGAACCGUCCUGCUGCACUGCUACAGACUUUCUGCAGCAGCUCCUGUUAUCAGACAGCAGAGUGAUCUGACAUAGGAGAAGGACAUCUGUAUCUGGAAUACACCUGUUUCAGAAAAGAUGAUGAUGUUGAAGAGAUGUUCAAGAUGAAUCCCUCAGGUAUA